CUCGUGUGCGCGCUCUUCGAUUCUGUGUGACUCAGUGAGAUUCAGUGCCGAUUAGGUGAAUAUUCAGUUAGCUAGCUAGCUGCUUCCACGCCGGCUUUUGGCACGGGGAUCUUUACUGCUUGACGGCAGAUAUGUCCAAACUGGAACAAAUACUGAUUCUCGAUCCGCCGUCUGAUCUGAAAUUUAAAGGCCCCUUCACAGAUGUGGUGACCACCAACCUAAAACUCCGGAAUCCAUCUGACAGAAAAGUAUGCUUCAAAGUGAAGACGACAGCUCCACGUCGUUACUGUGUGCGACCCAACAGUGGGGUAAUUGAACCUGGUGCCUCAGUCACUAUCUCUGUAAUGCUGCAGCCUUUUGACUAUGACCCAAAUGAAAAAAGCAAGCAUAAAUUCAUGGUGCAGACCAUUUUUGCUCCACACAAUAUAACUGACUUUGAAGCAAUGUGGAAAGAUGCAAAACCAGAGGAUCUUAUGGACUCUAAGCUCAGAUGUGUUUUUGAACUGCCUUCAGAAAAUGAUAAAGUGAAUGACAUAGACCCAACCAAAGCCGCACCAGUCCUUAACACCUCCAAGGCAGAAAGCACAUUGGGCACUAAGCCCAGUAGCCUAUCCCUGGAUGAUGCGGAGAUGAGGAAACUGAUGGAGGAGUGCAAGAGGCUGCAGUUUGAAAUGAGCAAACUUGUAGACGAGAACAGGCAACUUAAGGACGAGGGUGUGCGGAUGAGGAAGGCCCAAAGGUCAGACAACAUGGUCUCUAACACAGGAGCCAUGGUGAGGAAGGAAACCAGUUCCAAAUCGCUCCCCUCACUGCUUGUGGUCAUUGCGGCCAUCUUCAUUGGAUUCUUCCUGGGGAAGUUUGUGUUGUAGGAUAAAUGCGUCUGUUGCCUCAGCUCCUUUAAGUCUGUUUGGGGCCUGAGGGGCGAAGCGUGUUUUCUUGUCGUUCAGCAUCGCAUCAGUGCUAGUGUGGCCUAAUGCGACGGGAUAAAAUGCGUCUGUGUACAGAAUCAUUCAAACAGGCCUUGCCUUUUUGCAAUCUCACACAAUUAGUACACAUACACUCAGAUACAAGAAGAACAAAGUCUCUCCACUUUUUUCUGUUUUGUUUUGUUUUUUUCUCCUUGUGGUGAGGGGUAUUUCUUUUUGGGGGAUGGGACAAACUACAUUUAUCAAAACAUCAGUUGCAGUCAGAUUGAGGCAGUGUGUAGAGACCUUGAUAAAUUGGGGGGGGGGGGGGGGGGGGGA